AAUUCCUUCUGAAGAUACACACAUCAAACUUUUCAGAGAUUCAGAAAUAUUACUAAAAUACUGGAUUAAAUAAGCAGGAAACUGCUUCUUUGCUUAUACAUUAUCAAAGAGGGCUUACACAAGCAUCUGUACUAUUUUUAAGCCCCCGAUGGGAUCAUAGCACGACAAAACGUAUGAAGGCUUGGAUGAGAAACGAACCACCUGCUAGUUGUUAUCUCCUAUUUAAAAUAGAAGGACACACCAUCUUAAAAAGAUGUUGAUUUAAGGUCUUAAAAUGUCUACAUAUAAUGCGAAAUCCAAAGUAAAACCUUUUAAUGUAAAUACAGUCUAUAUUAAUCCUUUGCAUUGGACUACAACGGAUAGGUGUACAUGUCAUGUAUACAUAUUUCAUUUAACAUAUGCAUUAAAUACAAAUGCUAUAAUGCUGUGACGAAGUUGCCUUCUACCAAUCAAAUUGCACCAUCUUGGUAACCCAUAACAGUGGCACGUAACUUACUUGAUUCAGUAAUUAAUGAAACGUGACCCAGGCAGUGAUUACGAAAAGAGGAGACAGGGAAAAGGUUGGCGCCAUUUGACCUACACCCAAAUUUCAGAGCCGACUUUUGGAAGUGUGUAGCAGCAUCGCCACAAGGAGCUAUAUGUUUGUCGCGUAAGUGGGAAAAAUCUGUCAUGAAAUGACUUUGGGAGAAGUUUUAACGAUUCUCGCCCUGGUGGCCGUGGUUGCUGCAAGAGCAGAUAAUGACUGCAAGUUCCGUCAGUUCUCCGACACAAGCUCCUUUGUCUGUGAGUGUUCCGCUUCUCAUUGUGACGUCAUCGAAGAAUACACCCUCGACGAGGAAAACUUUGUAGUGUAUACUUCUGGAAAGAGAGGCUUCAGGCUGGAUAAAGACGAGAUGCCAAUCAGAAAUCGACCAACCCCUAAUAUUCCAGAUACAAGUAUCACAAUUGCAGUGGACCGAUCGGACGAGUAUCAAACCAUCCUUGGUUUUGGCGGUUCUUUCUCCGACGCAGCAGCGCUAAAUCUCUACAACCUAUCUUCUGACGUUCAGGAAAACCUUCUGAGGGCGUACUUCUCAUCUGAUGGAAUCGAAUAUUCAUUUGGUCGUGUACCAAUCGCUAGCUGUGAUUUUUCAACCAGGGAAUAUUCGUACGCCGAAACACCAAAUGACUUCGAUCUUGAAGAUUUCCAACUGGCCUUCGAAGACAUCAAUUAUAAGAUCCCGAUGAUCAAGCGAGCCUCGGCCAUGAGUUCUAGACCAAUCAAGUUAUUAGGUAGCGCCUGGUCAGCUCCAGGAUGGAUGAAAACAAAUGGUGCAAUGAAAGGAGGUGGUCGACUCAAAGGAUUGCCUGGCGGGGAAUACUACAAAACAUGGGCACUCUAUCUUGCCAAAUUUAUUGAGGCUUAUACCGACUUUGAUGUGCACAUCUGGGGCCUAACAACAGGUAACGAACCCACCGCAGGCCUCUUUCCGGAUUGGGAUUGGCAAUGCAUGUACUUCAACCCUGAACUCCAGCGAGACUUCAUCAAGCUGGACAUGGGUCCCACGUUACACAGCAGGGGACACCAAGAUGUAAAUAUCGUCAUCAUGGACGAUCAACGGAUACAUCUUCCUGAAUGGGCUGAUGUGGUCAUCGAAGACCCCUUGGCAUCUCAAUUCGUCUCUGGUAUAGGUCUCCACUGGUACAUGGACUUCCUCGUGGAUGGAAGCCGUCUUAACGAUACCCACCACGCUCAUCCAGAAUAUUUCAUGAUUAACACGGAAGCGUGCCAAGGGUACCUGCCGUGGCAAGAGAAGGUGGUUCUUGGUAGUUGGGAGAGAGGUGAAUCCUAUAGCCACAAUAUCAUUGAGGACUUGAGUAACUGGGUUAGUGGAUGGAUUGAUUGGAACAUGGCCCUUGACACGAUCGGAGGACCUAACUGGGUAGGGAACUUUGUGGAUAGUCCUAUCAUUGUCAACCCUGAUCAAGACGUGUUCUACAAACAACCAAUGUACUAUCAUCUUGGUCACUUCAGUAAGUUCAUCUCCCCUGGAUCAGUGAGGGUGGGGUCAUCGGUUGAUCGCGAUAGGCUGGUUGAACAUCUAGCAUUCAAGCUCCCGGAUGGAAACAUGGCACUUGUUGUUUUAAACAGGAAGGAAUUCUCCUUUCCUCUUCACAUCUACGACUCUGAUGUUGGUUGUCUUAACGCUGAGAUUCCAUCGCGAUCUAUUCAAACUUAUCUAUGGAAAUCACCAUCAUCAACAUCUCGGAAGUAAUUGACUCUCCUGUCCCACAAUUAAUCAGAUCAAAUUGAAUAAUCGUUUGGCUCUAGACCCGAAUACCAAUUGCAAUUGGGGUAUAAAUAUUACACGAAUAAUGACUUUGAACAGGG